GUCCAAGUGUUCCUCUUUUGUGCAACACAAUCGAAAUUUGAAAUGCUCAAUAAAAUUAUCAUCCAAAAGUAAUCACUUCCCAUGUCGUGUAGUCUCCAGCUGUUUCAAUCCGUCCAUUUUGGUGGAAUUUACAGUUCAUUUGAGAUCGUUAAGCGUAGAAAGCAAUGAUCUGCGUGGUGACCAAGGUGAGGUUUUAGGCCUGGAUUUGGAGUCUCUGAAGAUUUUGCUGAAGCGGGGAGUCUAUAUUGGGGCAAUGCUUUAUUGUCUUUUGGUUUUCGCGUGCAAGAGGGUGCUUGCGGUGGAGGGAGUGGUGAAUGUAGGGUACGGAGCGAUUCAGCAGUGGGUAUUGUUGUUGAGGAAUGCGUGGCCUAAGGUUUCUACGGUUCUUAAGAUUUUCAAAGAGCAAGGUGUGAUUUUGACUGCACUUUUAGGUCUAUCUGCAUUCUUCUCAAUGGCAGAGACUUCUAUAACUACACUUUGGCCAUGGAAGGUUUGCUUUCUGGGUUUGAAGAUUGAUAGCUCUUAUAAUUAGUGAAUAGCAAUUGAAAUCUGAGUUUUAGUAUGGAAACAUCAACAAAGUUGAAAAAGAUAAAUAUAUGAAGUUGAAGAACAUUCACAGUUAUUAUUUGUUAGUGUUUCAGUAAUUUUGUGUUAUGGUUCAGAUAAUUACAUGAAGUUUGUGCCUUGUCUGCCUCUUUUUGUGCUCGUAUGUAACUCACUGUGAAUUUGUAGUAAAUUAGAGUAAAAGGCUUAAAUUUGUUUCAGGAUAAAUCUCUUUAAGUUAGCUCCUGAGUUGUAGAGUUUGUUGUUACAAAGUUUUUUGCUUCCUUUGUAAACAAUAAAGGAAGAAUGAAUAAGAAUCAUGUUGGGUAACUCUAAUAGACUGUAGAAUGAUCA